CGAGAGAGAAGCACGAUGGCUCAGUUCAGAUGGAUUAUAAUGUCUUCAUUUCUGAUGCUUCUGUUUCAGUUUAGAGCAGCAGCUGGGAAAUAUCACUCCUUUACUGUCAGAGUUGGAGAUGAAGUCACUUUGUCUUGUGAAGAUGUGACAUGUGAUCAGCAUAAAUAUAACCGUACCACCUGGCUCUUCAGUGGGUCAGGAAACACAGUGACGCUAUUAGAACUCGGGCAGAUUCAGGAAGAAGCCAAAGCUAAAUCAGACAGACUGAAUGUUACAGAGAACUGUUCUCUGGUUAUAAAGAAGGUCACAGAGGAGGAUGCUGGUCGUUACACCUGCAGACAGUUCAACAGAUCAGGAGAGAAACAUCACAGUGGAGACACUGUUGAUCUGUCUGUUGUUACCCUGACCGAACAGCAGAACAAUGAUACGGUGACGUUCAACUGCUCUGUGUCGACACAUGAACAAUGCAGACACUUCAAAGUGCAGUGGCAGUAUGAGGGUGAUAAGAAGGAUUUCAAAGACAUGAAGACAUCACCAAGUACCUGUUCAGCCUCUGUGACAUUUACAACAUCUGACUUUUAUCAAACGUAUUACCAGUUGUUGAAAUGUGAGGGGAAACACAGUUUAACUGGAAAAGUGCAGCUGUUUCCCGUCCUCACUCCUAAGUCCUCAUGGAAACUAGGCUGGUGGUGGCUGCUCAUCAUUGUGUUUGUGGGAUUAGUAGUAAUAAUCCCAGUGGGUGUCUUCAGAAAGAAGAGAGCUAAAGGGAACAAAACACAGACAGAUGACAACACGGUGAGUUUUAAAACUGAAUAA